ACUUCGGCGAAGUUGGCGGCGCGGAGGCUGGCCGGGGACGCGCCCGGAGCCCUGGGAAAGAGGGAGGAGGGAGGAGGGAGGAGGGAGGGUCGCGGCCGCCAUGGGGCCGGGGGCCCGGGGCCGCCGCCGCCGUCGUCGCUUGAUGGCCCUGCCACCGCCACCACCGCCCAUGCGGGCGCUGCCCCUGCUGUUGCUGCUAGCGGGGCCGGGGGCUGCAGCUCCCCCUUGCCUGGACGGAAGCCCGUGUGCAAAUGGAGGUCGGUGCACCCAGCAGCCCUCCCGGGAGGCUGCCUGCCUGUGCCUGCCAGGCUGGGUGGGUGAGCGGUGCCAGCUGGAAGAUCCUUGCCACUCAGGCCCCUGUGCUGGGCGUGGCGUCUGCCAGAGUUCGGUGGUGGCGGGCACUGCCCGGUUCUCCUGUCGUUGUCCCCGUGGCUUCCGAGGCCCAGACUGCUCCCUGCCAGACCCCUGCCUCAGCAGCCCCUGUGCGCACGGUGCCCGCUGCUCAGUGGGGUCGGACGGCCGCUUCGUCUGUUCCUGUCCGCCGGGCUACCAGGGUCGCAGCUGCCGGGGUGACGUAGAUGAGUGCCGAGCGGGUGGGCCCUGCCGCCACGGCGGUACCUGCCUCAACACUCCUGGCUCCUUCCGCUGCCUGUGCCCACUUGGCUACACAGGGCUGCUGUGUGAGAACCCUAUGGUGCCCUGUGCCCCUUCCCCAUGUCGGAACGGUGGCACCUGUAGGCAGAGUAGUGAUACCACCUAUGACUGUGCUUGCCUUCCUGGCUUCGAGGGCCAGAACUGCGAAGUCAACGUGGAUGACUGUCCUGGACAUCGGUGCCUCAAUGGGGGAACGUGCGUGGACGGUGUCAACACUUACAACUGCCAGUGCCCUCCUGAGUGGACAGGCCAGUUCUGCACAGAGGAUGUGGAUGAGUGUCAGCUGCAGCCCAAUGCCUGCCACAAUGGGGGCACCUGCUUCAACCUGCUGGGUGGCCACAGCUGUGUGUGCGUCAACGGCUGGACGGGCGAGAGCUGCAGUCAGAACAUCGAUGACUGUGCCACAGCCGUGUGCUUCCACGGGGCUACCUGCCAUGACCGUGUAGCCUCGUUCUAUUGUGCCUGCCCCAUGGGCAAGACAGGCCUCUUGUGUCAUCUGGAUGAUGCCUGUGUCAGCAAUCCCUGCCAUGAGGAUGCUAUCUGUGACACAAACCCCGUGAGCGGCCGGGCCAUCUGCACCUGUCCGCCUGGCUUCACCGGAGGGGCGUGUGACCAGGAUGUGGACGAGUGCUCCAUUGGUGCCAAUCCCUGCGAACAUUUGGGCCGGUGUGUGAACACACAGGGCUCGUUCCUGUGUCAAUGCGGCCGUGGCUACACUGGACCUCGAUGUGAGACGGAUGUCAAUGAGUGUCUGUCUGGGCCCUGUCGCAACCAGGCCACGUGUCUUGACCGAAUUGGCCAGUUCACCUGCAUCUGCAUGGCAGGCUUCACGGGGACCUACUGUGAGGUGGACAUCGAUGAAUGUCAGAGCAGUCCAUGUGUCAAUGGUGGUGUCUGCAAGGAUCGAGUCAAUGGCUUCAGCUGCACCUGCCCCUCAGGAUUCAGUGGGUCCAUGUGUCAGCUGGACGUGGAUGAAUGUGCAAGCACUCCUUGCCGGAAUGGUGCCAAGUGUGUGGACCAGCCCGAUGGCUAUGAGUGUCGCUGUGCAGAGGGCUUUGAGGGCACUCUCUGUGAGCGAAACGUGGACGACUGCUCUCCGGACCCCUGCCACCAUGGGCGCUGUGUCGAUGGCAUUGCUAGCUUCUCGUGUGCGUGUGCCCCGGGCUACACGGGCACACGCUGCGAGAGCCAGGUGGAUGAGUGCCGCAGCCAGCCCUGCCGCUACGGGGGCAAAUGUCUAGACUUGGUGGACAAGUACCUCUGCCGCUGUCCUCCCGGAACCACAGGUGUGAACUGCGAAGUCAACAUUGAUGAUUGUGCCAGCAACCCCUGUACCUUUGGAGUCUGCCAUGACGGCAUCAACCGCUACGAUUGCAUCUGUCAGCCUGGCUUCACAGGGCCCCUCUGCAAUGUGGAGAUCAACGAGUGUGCGUCCAGCCCGUGCGGAGAGGGCGGCUCCUGUGUGGACGGGGAAAAUGGAUUCCGUUGCCUCUGUCCGCCCGGCUCCCUGCCUCCUCUCUGCCUGCCUGCGAAUCAUCCUUGUGCCCACAAGCCCUGCAGCCACGGAGUCUGCCAUGACGCCUCUGGCGGGUUCCGCUGUGUGUGUGAGCCCGGUUGGAGUGGCCCCCGCUGCAGCCAGAGCCUGGCUCCAGAUGCCUGUGAGUCCCAGCCCUGCCAGGCUGGUGGUACCUGCACCAGUGAUGGACUAGGCUUCCACUGCACCUGUCCCCCUGGAUUCCAGGGCCGCCAGUGUGAGGUGCUGUCCCCCUGCACUCCAAGCCUCUGUGAGCAUGGAGGCCACUGUGAGUCUGACCCUGGCCAGCCGACUGUCUGUUCCUGUCCCCCCGGCUGGCAAGGCUCACGAUGCCAGCAGGAUGUGGAUGAGUGUGCCAGUGCCUCACCCUGCGGCCCCCAUGGCACCUGCACCAACCUUCCUGGGAGCUUCAGGUGCAUCUGCCAUGGGGGAUACACUGGCCCUUUCUGUGAUCAGGACAUUGACGACUGUGCCCCCAACCCGUGCCUCAAUGGCGGUUCCUGCCAGGACGGCGUGGGCUCCUUUUCCUGCUCCUGCCUCACUGGCUUUGCUGGCCCUACCUGUGCCCUGGACGUGGAUGAGUGUCUGAGCAGCCCCUGUGGCCCUGGCACCUGUACUGACCACGUGGCCUCCUUCACCUGUACCUGUCCACCUGGCUACGGAGGCUUCCACUGUGAGAAUGACCUGCCGGACUGCAGCCCCAGUUCCUGCUUCAACGGAGGGACCUGUGUGGACGGCGUGAACUCCUUCAGCUGUCUCUGUCGCCCGGGCUACAAAGGCACCCACUGCCAAUAUGAGGCUGACCCCUGCCUCUCCCGGCCCUGUCUGCAUGGGGGCAUCUGCAGCCCCACCCACCCGGGGUUUCAGUGCACCUGCCGGGAGGGCUUCACUGGGAGUCACUGUCAGAAUCUGGUGGACUGGUGCAGCCAGUCACCCUGCCAGAAUGGGGGUCGCUGUGUCCAGACUGGGGCCUACUGCCUUUGUCCCCCUGGAUGGAGUGGCCGCCUGUGUGACAUACAGAGUCUACCCUGCAAGGAGGCUGCAGCCCAGAUGGGGGUGCUGUCGGAGCAGCUGUGUCAGGCAGGUGGACAGUGUGUAGACAAGGACCACUCCCACUACUGUGUGUGUCCAGAGGGCCGCACCGGGAGUCACUGUGAGCAGGAAGUGGACCCCUGCACAGCCCAGCCCUGCCACCAUGGGGGCACCUGCCGUGGUUACAUGGGGGGCUAUGUGUGUGAGUGUCCUGCCGGCUAUUCUGGUGACAGCUGUGAGGACGAUGUGGAUGAGUGUGCCUCCCAGCCCUGCCAGCAUGGAGGCUCCUGUAUUGACCUUGUGGCCCGAUAUCUCUGUUCCUGUCCCCCUGGCACACUCGGAGUGCUCUGUGAGAUCAAUGAGGAUGACUGUGGCCCAGGCUCAUCAUCCUUGGACUCAGGCCUCCGGUGCCUACACAAUGGCACCUGUGUGGACCUGGUGGGUGGCUUCCGCUGUAACUGUCCCCCGGGAUACACGGGUCUGCACUGUGAGGCAGACAUCAAUGAGUGCCGCCCAGGUGCCUGCCACGCAGCACACACCCGGGACUGCCUACAAGAUCCAGGUGGGCACUUCCGCUGCCUCUGCCAUCCCGGCUUCACAGGGCCUCGAUGUCAGACUGCCCUGUCCCCUUGUGAGUCCCAGCCCUGUCAGCAUGGAGGCCAGUGCCGUCCCAGCUCAGGCCCUGGAGGUGGGCUGACCUUCACCUGUCACUGUGUCCAGCCGUUCUGGGGCCUGCGUUGUGAGAGGGUGGCGCGCUCCUGCCGAGAGCUGAAGUGCCCGGUGGGUAUCCCAUGCCAGCAGACCGCUCGCGGGCCGCGCUGUGCUUGUCCUCCCGGGCUGUCCGGGCCCUUCUGCCGGGUCUCUAGGGCGUCGCCCUCAGGAGCAACUAACGCCAGCUGCGCAGCUGCCCCGUGUCUGCAUGGGGGCUCAUGCCUGCCGGUACAGAUCGUCCCUUUCUUCCGCUGUGUAUGCGCGCCGGGCUGGGCUGGCCCGCGUUGCGAGACCCCUUCCACAGCUCCUGAGGUCCCCGAGGAGCCACGGUGCCCGAGAGCCGCCUGUCAGGCCAAGCGAGGGGACCAGAACUGCGAUCGCGAAUGCAACAGCCCGGGCUGUGGCUGGGACGGCGGCGACUGCUCGCUGAGCGUGGACGACCCCUGGCGGCAGUGUGAGGCACUGCAGUGCUGGCGCCUCUUCAACAACAGCCGGUGUGACCCAGCCUGCAGCUCUCCAGCCUGCCUCUAUGACAACUUCGACUGCUACGCUGGUGGCCGCGAACGCACCUGCAACCCGGUGUAUGAGAAGUACUGCGCCGACCACUUUGCAGAUGGCCGCUGUGACCAGGGCUGCAACACUGAGGAGUGUGGUUGGGAUGGGCUGGACUGCGCCAGCGAGGUCCCGGCCCUUCUGGCCCGAGGGGUUCUGGUCCUCACGGUUCUUCUGCCCCCUGAAGAGCUGCUGCGUUCCAGCGCCGAUUUCCUGCAGCGACUCAGCGCUAUUCUGCGCACCUCACUGCGCUUCCGCCUGGAUGCGCGGGGCCAGGCCAUGGUCUUCCCCUACCACCGGCCGAGCCCUGGCUCUGAAUCCCGGGUCCGGCGUGAGCUGGGUCCCGAGGUGAUCGGCUCUGUAGUGAUGCUGGAGAUUGACAAUCGGCUCUGCCUGCAGUCACCCGAGAAUGACCACUGCUUCCCAGAUGCCCAGAGCGCCGCUGACUACCUGGGAGCCUUGUCAGCAGUAGAGCGACUUGAUUUCCCCUACCCACUGCGGGACGUUCGAGGAGAGCCGCUGGAGCCUCCGGAGCAGAGCGUGCCCCUGCUGCCGCUGCUGGUGGCCGGGGCCGUCUUUCUGCUGGUCAUCUUCAUCCUGGGUGUCAUGGUGGCCAGGCGCAAGCGUGAACACAGCACCCUCUGGUUCCCUGAGGGUUUUGCACUACACAAGGACAUAGCAGCUGGCCACAAGGGCCGGAGGGAGCCCGUGGGACAAGAUGCAUUGGGCAUGAAGAACAUGGCCAAAAGCGAGAGUCUGAUGGGGGAGAUGGCCACUGACUGGAUGGACUCAGAGUGCCCAGAGGCCAAGAGACUGAAGGUAGAAGAGCCAAGCAUGGGGGCUGAGGAGCCUGUGGAUUGUCGCCAAUGGACCCAACACCACCUGGUUGCCGCUGAUAUCCGUGUGGCACCGGCCAUGGCACUGACUCCCCCCCAGGGUGACGCAGAUGCUGAUGGCAUGGAUGUCAACGUUCGUGGCCCCGAUGGCUUCACACCACUUAUGCUGGCCUCCUUCUGCGGGGGAGCCCUGGAGCCGAUGCCGGCUGAGGAGGAUGAGGCGGAUGACACAUCAGCCAGCAUCAUAUCAGACCUGAUCUGCCAGGGGGCCCAGCUCGGAGCACGAACUGACCGCACUGGCGAGACCGCCCUGCAUUUGGCUGCCCGCUAUGCCCGCGCGGAUGCAGCCAAGCGGCUGCUGGACGCUGGCGCGGACACCAACGCCCAGGACCAUUCGGGCCGCACCCCUCUGCACACGGCGGUGACAGCAGAUGCCCAGGGUGUUUUCCAGAUUCUCAUCAGGAACCGCUCCACUGACCUGGAUGCCCGCAUGGCAGAUGGCUCUACGGCACUGAUCUUGGCGGCCCGCCUGGCGGUGGAGGGCAUGGUGGAAGAGCUCAUUGCCAGCCACGCCGAUGUCAAUGCUGUGGAUGAGCUGGGGAAAUCAGCCCUACACUGGGCUGCAGCCGUGAACAACGUGGAGGCCACCUUGGCUCUCCUGAAAAAUGGAGCCAACAAGGACAUGCAGGACAGCAAGGAGGAGACUCCACUGUUCUUGGCUGCUCGUGAGGGCAGCUUUGAGGCUGCCAAGUUGCUGCUGGACCAUUUUGCCAACCGGGAGAUCACAGAUCACCUGGACAGGCUGCCCCGGGAUGUGGCCCAGGAGCGGCUGCAUCAGGACAUUGUGCGGUUGCUGGACCAGCCCAGUGGCCCCCGCAGUCCCCCCGGCCCCCAUGGCUUGGGGCCCCUGCUCUGCCCACCAGGGGCCUUCCUUCCUGGGCUCAAGGCAGUGCAGUCUGGGACCAAGAAGAGCAGGAGGCAGCCUGGCAAGACGGGGCUGGGGCCACAGGGAACCCGGGGUCGGGGCAAGAAGCUGACACUGGCCUGCCCGGGCCCCCUGGCAGACAGCUCUGUCACACUGUCGCCUGUGGACUCGCUGGACUCCCCAAGGCCUUUCGGUGGGCCCCCUGCUUCCCCUGGAGGCUUCCCCCUGGAGGGUCCCUAUGCCACCACGGCUACUGCGGUGUCCUUGGCACAGCUUGGUGCAAGUCGGGCGGGCCCUUUGGGGCGCCAGCCUCCCGGGGGCUGCGUGCUCAGCCUGGGUCUCCUCAACCCUGUGGCUGUCCCCCUCGACUGGGCCCGGGUGCCUCCACCUGCCCCACCAGGAACCUCAUUCCUGUUGCCCCUGGCUCCGGGACCCCAGCUACUCAACUCGGGAACCCCAGUUUCUCCCCAGGAGCGGCCGCCACCCUACCUGGCUGCCCCAGGACACGGAGAGGAAUACCCUGCAGCGGGGACCCGCAGCAGCCCCACAAAAGCCCGCUUCCUGCGGGUUCCCAGCGAGCAUCCUUAUUUGACCCCAUCUCCCGAGUCCCCAGAGCACUGGGCCAGCCCAUCCCCUCCCUCCCUCUCAGACUGGUCCGACUCUACGCCUAGCCCAGCGACUACGGCUGGUGCCACAGCGGCUGGAGCGCUACCUGCUCAGCCACACCCCAUAUCUGUUCCCUCCCUCCCUCAGGCCCAGACACAGCUGGGGCCCCAGCCAGAAGUCCCCCCUAAGAGGCAAGUGAUGGCCUAAGUUCUUGGAUCUUUGCGGGGGCGGGGGUGUUGAAGUGACAUCCCUCCCUGGCUUCUCUCUCUCUCCCUUUUAAUUUUAUUUUCAUCCCUUUCUCUGUACCAGCCUUCCUGCACCUCUCUGUCUCAUAGUGUGACCAAGCUGGUCACCAGCCCAGACCCCCAGUCUUCCUUUAUUUAUAAUGGGUAGGGGCUGACUUCCCACCAUCUCGGCCCUUUAAGGUAAGGGGUCUGGGACUUAACCCCUCACCCUGCCUCCAUUCCCUGUCCUCCUUUUUUUUUUUUUUUUUGCCUCUUCUUGCUCCUCAUUUUCUCACACUGGCAUGAGUGAGUUAUUUUUUUCUUUUUUACAUUUUGUAUAGAGACAAAUUCAUUUAAACAAACUUAUUAUUAUUAUUAUUUUUUACAAAAUAUAUAUAUGGAGAUGCUCCCUUCCCCCGCUGCAAAUCCCUCCAGCGCCCCCGUGGGGCUGAGUCUGUGGGCCCAUUCGGCCAAUCCGGACUCUGUGUACCGAGUACACAGACAAGACUAGGGUCCCGUGUACUGAGUAUGCGGCCCUGGUAUGUACCAAGUAGCCAGCCUUGGGCACACCCUCCCCUGGGGUCAGGGGACACUUGGGAGCCUCCUUCCUCUCCCUAUCCUCCUUCCUCACUUCACUGCAUUCCAGAUAAAACUUGUAGACUCACUGGGAAAGGGGUCUUUCCCACCAAAGCCCCCACUAGGGCCCCCCCUCCCAGAGCCUGGCUCACCUUUUAGGGCCGGGGGCGGGGUCAGGGGAGAUGUAUUUCGUAUGCAUUCCACUUCUAAUUGUAAAUACAGGGCUGAAGGUGGGGAUGCGGUACCUGAGGGAGUGACACCCCCUCUUCCUGGUAUCCCCUUGGCUCAGCCUCACUGCCUAAUAGAAAUGUUUUUAGGCUAUUUUUAUAAUAUGGCACUUGGUCACCGGCCGUUGUAGCUGAAAUCCCAGGUCUCGCAUUGUACAACCCUCACCUCCCCAGUUCCCUUACCACCUAAUAAAGAAAUAGUUAACACCCA